AUGGGAAAUUUAGCAUGUUGUGGCGGCAAGAAAUCUGCUAAGGGAAAUGACGGAUCAGUCUUAGAUCGCGUUAUUUCUCAAGCAUCAAACAAGGAUGAUUGUCUUCUCUAUCGUCUUGCUAACUACAAGAAUGGCGGAGAAUUAAUCGAUGCAUACAAUAUAGGUGGACAAUCCGAAGUUGAAAAGUUAAUUCUUGAACAAUUUGGAGUGCUGAUGUAUUGUGAUGGUAAAGGUCAGGUAAUAAACAGAGCAGAGUAUCUGCGUUGGAAGUUUCGAGAUCAGGCACAGGUUGUUUUGCCCAUAGAGGCAUCCCUUAGUCCACACGAUCCUCUAGCUAAGUGGGAAGACCAUGAAGCAUGCUGGAAGAUGCAGUACAGAGGCUCUCUUGGAGAAACACUUCUCCAUGUUCUCAUCAUUUGUGAUACAAAAGUGCACACACGGUUAGCACGUACUUUGUUAAAAUGUUUUCCAAAACUGGCACUUGAUAUUGUUGAAGGUGAAGAUUAUCUAGGGGCAAGUGCUUUGCAUUUGGCAAUUGCAUAUGCAAAUAAUGAGCUUGUUCAGGACCUCGUUGAAGCAGGUGCAAAUGUUGCCCAGCGAGCCUUAGGAAGUUUCUUCUUACCUAGAGAUCAACAACUACCCCAACCAGCAAAGCAUACUGAUUAUGAAGGGCUAGCAUACUUAGGAGAGUAUCCUCUUGCAUGGGCAGCCUGUUGUGCAAAUGAAUCAGUGUAUAAUCUGUUGCUUGAAAAUAAUGCAGAUCCUGAUGCACAAGAUUCAUUUGGAAAUAUGAUUUUGCAUAUGGUGGUAGUUGUGGAUAAACUGACCAAGUGUGUUUUGGGGACUACAUUGAAAAGUAAUAAGAUGUUGGAACUCAGCGCCAGAGAGUUCUGGCGCUACAGCAAUAUUACAUGUUCUGCCUACCCGCUAAAUGCCUUAGAUACUUUACUACCAGAUGGACGUACAAACUGGAAUUCUGCUCUCUUUAUAAUUCUGAAUGGUACAAAAGAAGAGCAUUUAGAUAUGUUGGAUGGAGGAAUAAUUCAAAAAUUGCUUGAAGAGAAAUGGAAGACGUUCGCAAGGAUUCAGUUUCUGAAGAGACUGGCGAUCUUGGCUCUCCACCUUCUCCUGCUGAGCGCUGCCGUGUACCUUCGCCCAACGAAUCCUGCUGUGCCUCUCUUGGGCCCCAUAGAAUGGAAUGACAUCUGUCGCUACUGUGCUGAAAUCGGAACAGUGAUGGGUGUUCUCUCUUAUGUGAUUCUCCAGCAAGGGGAAGAAAUAAAGAACCAGGGCUUAGGUAGUUUUCUAAAACAACUCAUACAUUCACCAGACAAAUUUAUAUUCUUAUUAUCAAACUUGAUGAUAUUAAUGUGUAUUCCACUACGCUUAAUUGGCGAUCGAAAGACAGAAGAAGCUAUUUUGGUGUUCGCAGUCCCUGGCUCUUGGUUUUUGCUGAUGUUCUUCGCCGGUGCUAUCCGACUAACAGGACCAUUUGUUACGAUGGUAUAUUCCAUGAUAACAGGCGACAUGCUCACGUUCGGGAUCAUCUACACAGUGGUACUGUUCGGGUUCUCACAGACAUUCUAUUUUCUUUACAAAGGAUUCCCUGGUGUAAAAUCAACUCUCUACGAGUCGUAUCCAUCAACAUGGAUGGCUUUAUUCCAAAUCACAAUGGGGGACUAUAAUUAUCCUGAGUUAAGUUACACAACCUAUCCAGCUGUGUCAAAAACGGUGUUCGCAAUAUUUAUGGUGUUUGUGCCUAUCCUUCUUCUCAACAUGCUUAUCGCUAUGAUGGGCAAUACUUACGCUCAUGUGAUCGAACAAAGUGAGAAGGAAUGGAUGAAACAGUGGGCAAAAAUUGUUGUCGCCUUAGAGCGAGCAGUGAAUCAGUCCGAUGCACAUCAUUAUCUACAGGAAUAUAGCAUUUCGCUUGGCCCUAGCGAUGAUCCAAGUCAGGAGCAACGAGGAGUAAUGAUUAUUAAAAGCAAGAGUAAAACUAGAGCCAAGCAGAGGAAAGGAGCAUUGAGCAAUUGGAAGCGCGUGGGGAAAGUAACAAUCAAUGAGCUGAGGAAGAGAGGCUGGACUGGAGAGCAGCUUCGCCGAUUGAUGUGGGAGAGGGCAUCCAUAUCAACACCAGUUCGUGUGGUAGCUAGUCCAGACGCUAUGGAGGGCGCGGACGCGCCAGGCAUCCCGGCGUUUGGGGACGCCCUGUCCGCCGCGCUGGACGUGAUGGCGUUCGCCAACGACCUGGACCUGGCGCGGACCGAGCAAGACGGCGCCAAGCUGACGGUGCCGUCGACUGCUCUGGGGCCAGGAAUCCCGUCUGCCCCGGCGGCGCCUUCGGCCCCGUCGGUCCCCCCGGGCCCCCCGGCCCCCGCGGGCGCCGCGCCGCGCGAGGCGCCUCUGCCCCCCUACAGCUCCCUGGCGCCCCCGGGGCCCGCGCCACCUGCCGCCCUAGGCGCGCUCCCGGGCCGCGCGCCGCCCGCCGCCCCCGCGCACGCCACACCCAACGGCCAGGCGCUCGGCCAGCUGCUGCAGAUCCCUACACCUACACCCGCGCCCGCCCCCGCCGCCCUCAACGUCCCCAACUUGUUCAUCGACCUGGCCAGCAGCACCGACGCCUUCCAGUUUCCUCCCAAAACAGAGGAAAGGAGAGAUGGUCGAGUUUACACAGUCACCGACGCUGCCUCAAAGUUUGCUGUUGUUGAUGCGGUGCAGGACCCAUUGCGGCAAUUAGUUAUGGCUUCUGAUAUGCCAAAUAUGGAAACGGAAUUGGCUGUUUUGGCUACUGCUGCAGCAAAACUAGACGGGGUCGAGGAAGUAUCUCCACCAGAGUACCAAAAGCUACUGUGCCCCCCUACAAUUUUCGAAUUAAAGCAUGUAGGGCGUCGUCCCUUGACUAACUUUGAUUCAAAUGAAAGUGAUGAAUUAGGAGUGGACCGACCUCUCUUGGGCCGAGGUUCUCAACUCAGACAUAGUAGAUACAAUGCAGCUUCCAACAUGGACCUCUUCAACGAAGAAGCUCUUCUGCGUCGAGAAUCAUCAUCAUGUUCUUCUGAUGCUGGCAUUGACAAUUUAGGCUUCAUCAAUGACUGUAUUCCCAAGGAAACCGAUGCAGACUGUGGGAAUGAAUCAGACAGUACAAGAAGUGCAUCAAAGGAAAUAAGCUUUAAAGAGAAACCCGCUAAUGCAUAUUCACGUCGUCCGAAAACAGCUCGUCCAAACAGGGUGGGGCCGGCGUCGCCCGCCCGCGUGCGCCGCGGGGCGUCGGCGGAGGCGGCGCGCAGGGGCCCCCGCGGCGGCGACGCCCGCGACUCGCUCUCCUCGCCGGACCCCCUCGACGCCUGGAGCACCCGCAACAUCGCCGACAUGAACACGCUGCUCGCCUGGAACAAGGAGGGCGACGACAGCCUCUGAGGCGGCGCGCUCCAGCCGCCCGGCCUUCCACUCCCACAACCUCCCAGGCUUCCGCACUCGCACUCUCUCCCGCUCUCGCAGUCUUCCGAUCUUCCUUGCAGAUUCCCAGCGUCCCAUCGCACCAACCUCUUAACUGCACGGUCUCUCUUCCUUUCUGGAAACGUGAAUUCCUUCGGGUGUUCGCUUCUAAGGUCCGGUUUACUCGCUUGCUUUUGUCGAACAAUUCCGGUUUAGCGAUCGCGCGCAAAGGCAGAGUCGUUCCUGGAGUUCCAGAAGGCAGAAUGCUCAAGCACGCGCUUUGCUGAAACUCCGGAAUCGUUCAAACAAGUCAGCCUGUAAAUGUGCUAAAUGGCAAUCAAAAAUAAUUUUCUACAAUUAGAGCAAAGCAUUAGCUUUGAGCUCGUAGUACAAAAGAGGAUUAAAAAAUGACACUUUGAAUUCAAUAUGCCGUAUUGUGGCGACACAAAGAUUGGAGGAUUAUUUAAUAUGAAGUAAGCCGUUUUUGGUAAAUUUAUCUCAACAUUAUGUAACAUUGAGAAACUCGUAGUUUUUUGUGAGUGGAGCGCGCCGCCCCGAGGACAGCCAAGGCCCCUUUUCCCCUCCCUCCGGCCCAAGGCAAUGGUCGAGACUCGUGCCUGUUGCUGCACCCCGGCGCUCCCUCUCUCUACGUGCCGAUGGCACGAUCCUACUUCCAUUCUCACUUCCCUCGACUCUCCACAAUGCUCCGGCCAGGGUGUGGACGGUGUUGCGUAAAUGGAAAAUCUCCGACUGCGAUGGACGAGAAUUAUGACUUGGAUAAAAAUAGGACCACCUACGUUUUACUCAGAACUCGGCUGCGGAGCUCGAGGCUUGCAUCAGCGUUUUCGGAGGUACAGAGAGAGCACUAAAACAAUUUCCACUCUGGAACAUUUGAGACGCCUGCAGUGGUUGGCCGAGAAAACCUGUAUGCGCAAUUGGUUUUGACUUUUCACAGCGCGAUUUCUAAAGGGCAGAGAGGACAAGGGAAUAUACACUUGGAAUGGGAGGGCAGAAGCGGAGAGCAGGGAGAGAGAGAGAGAGAGAGAGAGAGAGAGAGAGAGAGAGAGAGAGAGGUGGGACGCGACAGUCGAGUUGGGCGGAUCGCAGUCGGGAAGACAGGGUCCGACCGUCGAUUUGAGCGGAUCGCGAAUGGGGAGGUGGGGUUUAUCUCGUACGCGACCUUUUAGUAAUGUGGUCUUGGAAAUUGUGAAAAGAUCGAAGCUGGGGACGCGAUUGAACGUCCAAGUGUAUUAACGGACAUCAUGAAGUCGAAAUGCUAGGUGCGUUAGUUGUGAUCAGGCACCCAGUAAUUUUAAUUUCGAUAGCUAGGCGCAUCAUCUCGGACCACCGUUAUGACUACCGUUCAUUCGCGAAGUUCCGUGAACUAUUCAGAAUCUGUCGCACUCAUUUGAGGAAAGAGCGAGGAAGAGUGCGUGAAUGGCAUUUGGCGUAGCGUGUGGUGUGGACUGUCGUUGCCACGCACCGCUGCCUGCAGUGAAUGGACGGUGCCCUUUGAGCUUCUGUAAAUGGGCCGCUCCGGCCUGGCCUAGUGUGGCAGGCCCCACAGCCCAUGCCAGCACCUCCAGUGGAAGGCAGCUGACGGAUCAACUACCGCUCGCGGCCGCCGCGACACAUCCCCCGUCGCUCAAAGAAACGGUGAAGUCUUUCGACGAGUAAAACCACGCAAAGGUUUAAAAGCUCUUCAAGCCGAUUGGCAACAUAAAAGGGCUCUUGGUUGUUUCUGAAAUAACAGGGAAGAAUUUAAAGAAAGAUUUAUGUAUGACUUGGCAUGGCCGCGCUUUGGCCUUUGGAUCAUAUAAGCGUAAAUCCAUUUCAAUAAUUAGUCUGGUAACGAGCUCGUUAAGUUUCAUGAUUGUUUUUGUGUAAAUCUUUAAGAAUUAAAAUUAAAAUUAUGUUUAAA